GCAAAUUUGGCGCCCUUUUCUCGCUCUCCUUUUUUCCCCUAAGAGUCAUGGUUUCCUACUGAACACAUUUCUUGUCGGUUUGUUUCAGACUUUUCAACGUUUUUUAUCACGCGAAUUAAGUUAGAUAAGUCAGCUCUUUUAGAAAUUAGUAUUUGUGAAAAAAAGCUACACCAUUUCCAACAUGGGCCGAAGCACAAAAGGGAAAGAGAAAGAAGUUUUGGAUGAACAAACUCCUGCUACUCCAGCAACAGAAAGUCCUGCUGAAGAGGAAUACUCUGUUGAAAAAGUUAUGGAUAGAAGAGUACGAAAUGGCCGUGUGGAAUAUCUCUUAAAGUGGAAAGGCUACGAUGAUGAUGACAAUACCUGGGAACCUGAGGAAAACCUAGACUGCCCUGCUUUGAUUUCAGAAUUUGAGGAAAAAAGAAAAGAAAAGGAAAAGGAAAAAAAGAAAGAAAUUGACAAAAAAGAGAAAAAGCGAUCACUCCCAAUUGAAGAACGUGACAAAAAAACCACAGAAGAAAAAAGACCAGCAAAGAAGAAGGCUUCGGAGGAAGAAAAUCGUCCAAGAGGGUUUGAACGAGGACUUGACCCCGAAAAGAUUAUCGGCGCCACAGAUUCUAGUGGUGAACUCAUGUUUCUUAUGAAAUGGAAAUCCAGCGAUGAAGCAGAUCUAGUUCCAGCCCGCCAAGCCAACAAGCAAUGUCCACAGGUCGUGAUUCAGUUUUAUGAAGAGCGCCUGACAUGGCAUAGCAAUGCCAACGACAAUGACGACGGUGACGUCAAAGAGAAAGACGCAACCGAAUAAAUAGUUAAAAUCCUCAAAUUUUGAUGUCUUAAAAUGCUAUUAAGCUGGUUUUAACUAAAAUACUGAACCACGCGAAACUUGGUCUUACUUCUCUGUAUCCUCCCGUCACAACAAUCCCUCAUUUUUCGUUCAUUUACUCAUUUUCAUUUGCAUUACGGUCUUCGAGUUUUUUGCACGCUCGGCAUUGUUUUUAAGUUACCAUGAACGCCCCGAGUUAUAUUCCCUGUCUUCAAGUUUUCUUUUCCAAAUGUACGAUCGAAGUAACCAGAAAUACAACGUCAACUUUUUCGUA